AUGAAGUGGUCAGAAGAAGAAACCAUGCAUUUUGUUGAACUCUAUAGUGAAAAAGAGUGUUUAUGGAAGAAGAGUAGUGUAAAUUAUCGCAAUAAAAACAUGCGAAGAGCAGCUGAAGGGGACAUCGCGAACAGGAUGGAAAAGGAAAGUUUUGGGGUGGCAGAAUUAAAGCAAAAAAUAAAGAUAAUGAGAACAACCUGUAAUCAGGAAGCGUUGAAGGAAACACAAAUCGAUCCACCUAGCGAAAAUGAACAAUGUCUGCUGGAGGAACAAGUCACUGAAUAA